GGGUCCUAGCGGGGAGUGAACCGGAAGUGUAAGCGCUCCUGCUGCUGUUCGCCCAGGCGGAACCUGUUCUGCUGGGCCUGGUGGCCGCAAAAGAACUUUCUUUCUCCCGCCCUAACGGUCGCUGCGGCCAACUGCCUCGCCCGCCUGGCAGCCUACCCCGCCUUCCCUUCUUCUCCUCCCCGGCUCCGCGCGGCCCUGUCUCUCUCUCGCCCGGCGGCAUCCGCUUGCCGCUGCCACCGCCUCCUCGUCUUCUGCCCGGCCAACUGGCCCGCCCUGCUGCAGUGAUGUGCGACAAGGAGUUCAUGUGGGCCCUGAAAAACGGAGACUUGGAUGAGGUGAAAGACUAUGUGGCCAAGGGAGAAGAUGUCAACCGGACACUAGAAGGUGGAAGGAAGCCUCUUCAUUAUGCAGCAGAUUGUGGGCAGCUUGAAAUCCUGGAAUUUCUGCUGCUGAAAGGAGCAGAUAUUAAUGCUCCAGAUAAACAUCAUAUUACCCCUCUUCUGUCUGCUGUCUAUGAAGGCCAUGUUUCCUGUGUGAAAUUGCUUCUGUCAAAGGGUGCUGAUAAGACUGUGAAAGGUCCAGAUGGACUAACUGCCUUCGAAGCCACCGACAACCAGGCAAUCAAAGCUCUUCUUCAGUGAUGGACGGAUGGGCUGACAGCUCUGGAAGAAUGACUCUCCUGUGGCCUCACACUGCUGCCUGUCUGUCUGUCACUCUCUAUCUGCCAGCUUCUUCAGCUAAAUACUUUAAGAGGGGUGAGGGGAGAGAGAAAUUCAUAACAAAUCAGACUACCAGAAAAAACAAUGUUUUGGAGAAGAGGAAAAAACCAUGACCAGGCUUUUACUAGGAUUCCUGAUCAAGUCAGCCUCUUUUCCAUUUCCAGUAAAAUAUACACUUUAUACCCAAGGGAGAGCAAAGACAAAAUAUACCAGUACCAUUUGAUGUUUUCAGCUCCCUGGCUAACUUAUUAGAUUGUAUCGAGGGUCUGACUCUACAAAGCCAACUAUACAUAUUUGGUAGCCCCAGCUGUGCGAGCAGUAGUGGCUGCUGUGAUGUAAACUUAGGGUGCUGAGAUAAGCAAUUAGCUGUAGCCUUCUGCCUUAAGACGCACUCUGUUGGGAUCUCUCGGCGUAGUGAAGAGCGCUGCCUGUGGUUGACGACCAGUCCCCCUCGGUGACUUUCAGCUCCCUGUGGAAGCUCAGUCGAGGGGAGGAGGCACACUCCCAAAUUGCUGGACGGCUGAACUUCGGAUUUCCUCUCCCCUUUCACGUGGGUUUCAUGUGUCUUUAGAUAAAACUGACUAGUUUUAUUUAUAAAAUCUUAAAUUUUGGAAGUCUAAAGGAGAAAUCAUUCCAGUAUGCAUAUUUUUUCUCCUCUAGAUUCAGACAUUUAUAUAACAUUGAAACACUUUCAAACUCCUGCUGGUAGUAAAAGGGGAUUUAAAAAUAGACUCAUAGCCAUAAGCCCGUUAGUAUCCUAUAAAGAGAGAACAGUUGUCUUAGUACCUAUGGAUUUUCUUCAUUUGCUAUUUGAAUGGAUUGGCCUUGGUUACGUUUGGAGAAUCAAGGAACAUUCUUUGGAAUGCUUCUCUCACACCCGGCUUGGAUGCUGAUUACUUAUUGCACCAAAGCUAUCAUUGGGGUGACAUUUACUAUUUGGACAAAUUUAACCCCAUCCCUUCAAAAAUAUGCUUGUUACCAGGUUCCUCUGAGUUGUUGAUAGGCUUCUGCUGAAUAUAUGCCACCUGCGUAAUAUAUUUGUUUCUUUUCUAUAUCAUGCAUUGCGUGAAAUGUGACACCUUCAAAAUGUAUUGUGUUCUUAAAAUACAGUGCCCUAAAAUGGUGUUCUUAUGACCAGCAGAAAAUACUUCGACACAUUUUUAAACAUUUAUUUCAUGAGCAGUACAACUAAUUAAAAUAUGUCCCCUUAAAUUUAUCUCGCGUUUAAAAUAUUAAGAUUCCUUUAACUUGCCAUCCAUAUAAGCUUACUAAAAAUAUUAGGGUUUUUCCUUAGCCACGUCAUGCAGUAAUUGAAUGUACCUCAAAUUUUUAAAAAAGGGGGGAGGGUGGGUUAGGGACCUGUAUUCAGAUGGUAGAUAAUAAAGAAUUGAUGAUUUUUUAAGGCAACGUAGCAUUCUACAGCAGGGUUAAAUUAGUAUCAAGAACGAUCAGCUGGCUCAUAACAAAUCUUAUUGAUCCGUUGCUGAUUGGUUGCUGUGUGGGUUUGUGUGUAUGUGUGUAUUUUUCCCCAUGAACCCGUUUUUUAUGGCUUUUUCACUUAGAACUAGCGUAACCCUGUAAGUUUCCUGAGUCCAAGAAAACAAUCACAGAAUGGUGGUUUAAAUACUUUGAUAUAUUUGGCUAAUUCUGCCGUCUUAAUGCAGCCUAUUACAGUCGGAUUAAAAGUCAGUAAUCAGUACUUUAUUACAUCACUCAACUGAACAGGGAGCUGUCCUCAUUGAAGAUGGAGGGCACUCUGUCUGUCUGCAACUAGCGACGUGGUGACGAGGUGUUUUGAUAUCUCUGUUUUCACGUCUUGGCAUAACGCUAUUGAAAAGCCUUGGGUUUUACCCUCUGCCGUUUUUACCUUUCCUUUCAAAGUGUUUUGUUGCAGUUGGCUAUUGCAGAGAGUGCAUCUUCCUAACAUUCCUAAACCUGGUCUGCUUCCUGCAGCCCCCUGCUGUGGAGACCAUGUGAUUCUCUGUCCACUUUAUCCCCGUGUUCCUUGUAACGCAGUAGAGGCUACUUCGCCUUCCCUCUUCUUUCUCAGCCAUUUCAUAAACCCCAUAAUUAUGAGGCGACUGCUUGAGAAAAUAACAUAAACAUAGAAUAGACUGACCAAGAUGGUUUACAAUUUCUUCUUUUUUUUUAACUAGGUUAUUUAUAAUGUAUUUCUGAACCACUUGGCAGAGAAAUUCACAACACUUAAUGUUCAUAUUUUGAGUAAAGGAAGCUAAAACCAUGUCGGCUUUUUGGUACUACAUGCAUUAGUGAAAGGUUAGAUGAGUUUCGUUCUCCACUGAAGUAGUAGUUAACAUCUCAGAAAAAAUCUUGCAUGUUCUGUAGUUUUGUAUUCAGUCAGUCAUUUCGUAUGCACUAUAUCGAGUAAACACAGGUGGUUUACCUGUUUACAUUAGUGUUCUAACACCUUUCCCCUUGCAGCUUCAGACUGGUAUCUGUAGACUUCUAGUUCAAAUACAGCACCUGCGGAUACUCAAGGAGUUCUCCUAUGCGGAGCUCACCUUCUAAACGCAGUGGGGCAAGAAGGAGAGGUAGGUGGGUGCAACGUGUGGAAGCUGCAAGGAAGUAGGCCCUUUAUUCAUUGAUUUCUUUCCCCCAAAUAAUGGAUUUUAAAUCUAUAUGUACCUGUUUGAUUUUUUUUUCCUGAAACUUCAUCUGAGCUGCUGUUUUCUUCCAUGCAAUAUUGUAUACUCGAUUGUGUAUAGAAGAAGCUGGUGAGAGUGCCCUCCUACAUAAGCAAUUGCAGUGUUUUUGCAUGCAAAAUUUAAAAAAUUUAAAUUGUCCUGAUUCUAUUUUGUAAAUGGAGAAACAAUCCUAUCUUUCUAAGCAGUAAUGGAAGAAGACUAGUGCUUUGUGCAUUUUGAUAUAUUUGAGUUCAUUUUUUCCACAAUGUAAUACUUUUGACACAAUUGAGUUUCUCAUAUUAUCCUGGUUCAUGUACAUCAGAAUGCUAAAUAAUACUGUGUUUAAGUUUUGUGUUGCAAGAACAAAUGGAAUAAACUUGAAUUGUGCUACA